AUGUCCUACCUGGGUGUUGAUGAGGCUGACAAGAGAUAUUGUGUUAUGGCUACAGCCGGAUACGACCACACUAUUCGGUUCUGGGAGGCCCUCUCUGGAAUAUGCUCGAGGACCAUCCAGCACUCUGAAUCUCAAGUCAAUCGACUCUGCAUUUCGCCUGAUAAGCGCUUCCUCGCCGCUGCAGGCCACCAUAACAUCAAGCUCUACGAUAUCAAGUCAACAAACCCGAACCCGAUUCUCACCUUCGAGGGCCACACGAACAACAUCACCGGUGUUGCUUUUCAUUGCGAGGGCAAGUGGAUGGUAACGAGUUCGGAAGACGGAACGGUCAAGAUAUGGGAGACCCGGAGCGGAACCGUCCAGCGAAGCUACGUCCAUGGCCAAGCCGUUAACGACGUGGUCAUCCAUCCAAACCAGGGAGAGAUUAUCAGCUGCGAUCGCGGAGGCAGUGUUAGAGUCUGGGAUCUCGCUGAGAACAAUUGCUCCCACCAGCUCAUUCCUGAGGAGGAUCAGCCUGUUUCGAGCGUCACGGUUGCUAGCGAUGGAUCUACUCUCUGUGCUAGCACCAACUCUGUAAGCUGCCACCCUAAGACCUUCGGCUUGGCCCCACUAACCAGCGUGAAGGGAAAUGUCUACGUCUGGCAUCUUCUUCAGUUCCAUGAAAAGACUCAGCUUAUUCCAAUCACUCACUUCAAGGCCCACAAUUCCUACAUCACCCGCGUUCUUCUAUCUCCUGAUGUCAAGCAUCUAGCAACCUGCAGCGCUGACUGCACCGCUAAGAUUUGGGAAGUCAAGGACCUCGAGUCCAUGAUCCCCAAACCAGGCCAACCACAGGAUGCUCAGGUCGCCGAAAAGCCUUUCAAAUUGGAGAGCACUUUGACUGGCCACCAACGCUGGGUAUGGGACUGCGCCUUCAGUGCCGAUUCCGCAUACCUUGUCACAGCUUGUUCUGACCACUAUGCGAGAUUGUGGGAGCUCCACAGUCAGCAGAUCAUCAGGCAGUACAAUGGCCACCACAGGGGACUCGUCUGUGUUGCUCUUAAUGACUACUCCGAGGCACGCUAA